CACAUGCCUUCAAUUUGGGGAGGGAGAGCAGGAGUAAAGUUAUCUAAGUCUUCUGGAAUUUUCCACCCUCACUUCCAAUGUCAGCCCCAGAUGUAGUUAAGCGGCGGAGGGGAGGGGGGCGCCUGAGACGGUGGAGGGCGAACCGGGCCCAGGAAGACCCCCGCGUUCCGGCACCCGGUCCAGCUUGUGCGUGUUUGAGUGGGACUUUUAAUGGGUAAAGAAAGCUGGGGAGACCAGCGGUAGGCGGGGUGCAGAUCACGGGUUCGCCUCCCUCCUCUUCGGUUAAGAGAAAUAAAACACUUAACAGACUCUGUUGGGAGAACGGGGGUCCGUACUGAUGCUGCCCGGGGGGAGAUGGAAUCGAAUUGAGGAUGCCCACCAGCUGAGGUUCCCGGGAUCCUUUCAGUUGCGUUCCGGCAUCUCCAGGAGGACCGAAGCUCCACAGGCUAUGAGUGAUGGCCUCCGAGGCGGCGCAGUCCCGCACCGGCUGGAAGUUGUGCUUGUAGGAGACGGCGCCUCGCCCACCGCUGGAACACACGCGACAUGUACAGUGUGCAGGACCUCCUGAUUUCUCAUGGAUACAAAUUGCCCCAGAACGCCCCCGCGCCCUGCGAGAGGCACCCGACCGAUUGCCACCAUGAAAUCGCGGGGAGCGGGUCUGGUCACGGAACAGUGAACGGGUAUGAGACGGACACGGGGGCCUACGUCCACAGCCGGCAGGCGCCGGCCAAGGGCUACUCCAGCGACAAUGAAUGCAGGGAGAAGAACUGGAGGAGGGAAGCCGCCAGUGGUUACCAAGGUGACACGCAGCCCCUGGGCGAUUCUCUCGCCACAGAUAGCGGGUCUCGCUUCUGUUUGUGCCACUCGGCCUCUGGGACUGGCAGGAAAACAGACUCUGUCCAUCCAGAUAGAUGUUCAUCAGCUAUUGCUUGUUCACGCAUCAUGGUUAUGAAUGUCCACAUCACAUCUUGCAGGUUCUAUGAUGCACCAAAGGGAAUGUUUUCCCAGCCUUGGGAUGGAAAAGAUGUGUCCUACUGGAGAAGGAGGGGCCAGGACUUCAGCAUCUUGCUGGACCAUGCUGAUAGCAAAGAUCCAAGAGGAAGUGAGCUCGCAAAGGCAGGGGGGAUGCAGAGGGCCCCAGAGGAGGACCUUGAGAAGCGGUGGUGGGACGAUGGAACAGAGGACAGAAAGUGCCAGAGUCUGGGGACGGAUGACUGGCAGCCAGCAGCAGUCCUGAACCGCCAGUUCUCUGAUGGCAUCCACCCUAGGCCAAAGGGCAAAUCCCAGUCGCUCCCAAGGGUGCUGUCUCCGGAAAGCUUGCAGUAUGUGGAUGUGCCAGCACUGGGGCAAGGAACCUACGCUGGCCGGAGGAUGAACGGCUUUUCCCAAGGACCUUACAAUCAGUUCCAAACAGAGGCCGGUGGCAGGGACGGUCUGGCAGCCUUCCUACCAAAGCCCAAGUUCAGCAGGCCCCUCAAGCCUCCUUCAUACGAGGCUCACCAGCAGACACGGGGGAGCUCAGAGAUGCUCGCCAUGGACUCGACACCCCAGCCAUUGCUCUCCCCCAGGAGCGGUGGGAGCUGCAGGCUGGACUGUUUUGCACACGAGCCAGCAGGUUCCAGCACGGAGCCUCCAGUUUAUAUACCACCCCCAUCCUAUAAGAGACCCCUGCUGCCUAAAGGAAACCAGAGGAGCUCUUGUGAAGUUUCAUCUAGCUCCAGGUGGAUAGGGGAACCUUUUCAGCAGGUCCCAGUGAGCAGGGAGUCAGGGAAUUGGUCUUCCAGACAGACAGGAAGCUCUUGGCUGGACUAUCAGAAGGACAGGAGCUUUUUGGGCAGGAAACAGGUGCAUCCUGGACAUACAGAGGAGCAUCUUGGUCGCGUUCAGUACAUACCAUUUGAUGAUCCACGUGUGAAACAUAUCUCAGGAGGGCUUAGUGGAAACUCGCUGACAGACCUGGACAGUGCAAGAAGCAUCAACAAAGAGCUUCCCUGCACUACAGUGUUUGAGCAAUCAUCACAAGACAGUGCCUUUGUCCCACCACAGGGACAUCAUGUCAAUAUGGACUCCAGCAAAAGAUCUCAGAGUGAGCACGACAAUGACAGUCAACGGCACAGUGGUUUGCAGAAGGCAAGUGACAACUCCGCAGAAUCUGACCAAAGCUGUAACAAAUUUCAGAAAGACCAACCCUCCACAGCUCUCCAGAGCAGGUCCUCUUUGCAGAGUGCUAGCCUGGACCAGGGAUUCUGUGAGACUGUGACACAAGUAAAAAAAAUUGAGCCAUGCACAGACGCGGAGAACAAGAAAAGCUCAAAAAGGAAGGUCAACGAGACUAUAUUUUGCUUAGUGUCCAUCCCGAUCCACUCCCAGUCCAAUGGGGAGUUAUCGGAUCAGAAGAAUAACGACAAGGUGUCGAACUCACUGGGGGGCUCUGUUGGAAACAGUGGGGGCAGCGUUCGAAACCAAAGUCUCUUAAGCACAUCUUCACUUGACUCAGAGCACCACGUGCCCAGAGGAGGUGUGAUGAGUUUGAGAAGCCGGAAGAAAGCCUCUCAUAGAAAAGAGGUGAUACGUAAGCCACCCCUCAUACUGAAUAAAUGCAGAGCGCUGCAGUACCCCGGUUCCUGGCCUGGGGACCAGUAUCGAGAUCAGGAGACACAGACCAGCUCCCCUGAGCUCUCCCAGGGUCCUCCUCAGGACCUCCCAAACCAGCAAGCACAAGACCAGGGCCACGUUGCCUCUGAUGGCACCACGGACAGUGGCGCAGGCACCGACUGCAGCACUAGAUAUGGGUAUCCAAUGAAGGGCCAGAAAAGCCUAACUCCAUCGAGCAACAGCGCCUUCUCGAAGACACCCACUUUCUCCAACCAGCUUAGCAAGAGCAAAAUCCAACCUCCGCAACCCUCAGGAAACCAAGUGGGAGCCGAAUGUCCUUCAGGCCACAAGGACGAGGCACGACCAGCAGGAAGCAAUGGCCAGGAAGCAUUUGGUCAGUUCCUGCUGAAGCCCGUCAGUCGCCGGCCAUGGGACGCAAUAGAGGAACUUGAGUCUUUCAAUAAGGAGCUGCAGGAGCAAUUUAGCCAGCAGCCCAAUGUCGAUCAGUGCAUCGAGGACCUGGACGAGGCUUAUAAAGAUAUUCUGGAGUUGAGCAUGUCCAGUAGUAAUGUUGAGAACGCCCCAACACAAAUUCCAGAAGAGAGGGGACCGGCAAGCCUGCCAGAGGAGCUGCUCAAGGCGUCCACUGAGAUCAAGCCCACUUUUCAGAGCUGGACACCUGCAACAGAUCCUGAGUAUAGAGAGGUUAGGAGUGCAUUUUCAAAACCUGUUGGCAAGACUGCAAGCCUCAACAGGCAGCUGAGGGAGAAGGUACCAGUGUUGGUGGAGCCUGGCAUCCGAGAACAGGGCGCCAUUGCUCAGCUUACCCCAAGAACCUUUGCUGACAGUAGGGCGCUCAAAUCAGACAUCGCUGUUCCAAAAGAGUCACUGCUAAAGGAUGUGGGCUUAACAGUAUACACCGAAGCCCCAGGAGCCCCAAGGCAACAGGUGAACGAUGCGGCUACGUUGACCAGCCCACCCGGUUAUGAGGACGUGUGUCAGGCUCUGCAGCUGCCAAGGGAAAGAGGUACCUCGGCAGAGUACAAAUUCAGGAGUGUCAGCACAGGCCCUCUGAUGUCAGUAAAGACACUAGGGCAAAAUUUGGCAUGUCGAUCAGAAAGCUCUUUCUCUAAAAUCCCAAUGGAAAGGAAGGCAAAAAAAGGUAACUCAUUGCCAAAGUUCAGUGGAGAAAAGAUUCUGAAUGUCAUUAUGGUCAAAAAGCAAGAUGACAGGUACCACAGCAGAGGAGGUCCACACUGCCUUUUGAAUAAUGAACCAGAGGAGGGUUACGACACGGACGAAACUCACGAUGAUGCCUCGGGUCGUUUCAAUUGGCGGAAGCAGCUGUUAUUAGCCGAAAAGCAUCUGGAGAGCCUGCUGAGCAAGGAAAAGGCCAGCCGCGUGCCAGCGGAGGACCUCAGCAACUUGUACGAGGUGAAAUGCGCAGAGGGGAUCCCUGAGAACGAGUCUAUCGAAGAGAGGGCAGCCAGGAUACUGGGAAUAGACGUGCCCGCCGAGUCUUUAGGCAUGGUGGACCAUAAGACAAGCAGGACCGAGACAGAACAGAAAAAAGCCGCAGAUAACAAAGGUAGCAGUGGGGAAGGCCAAGAAUGUUCCAAUGAAAAGGUGACGCAUGUGAGUAGCGGGUGUGAAGAGGUGAACAAGAAGUCCAUAUUAGUUAAUGGACAGGCAAAGGAGACAGAGGAAGUGAAAGAGGACAGUAUGGAAAAAACCCCUGGUGGGAACAUGGGAAGCCGCGCGGGCCUCAGCCCUGGAGCUUCAGAGUUCCCAGCCCAAAAGCCGCUCCUGUCGGUGUUCACCGGCGGGGAUUUGGCUGGAGAACGAAAGACUAGCGCCACCUCCAGAAUAAUCGAGGUGCUGCAGGGCAAGCUGGCGGUCUCGCCCUGCCGGGCUGUGGUGGAUCGCCUCGCCCGCAUGAAGGAGCUGGAUUCUGUGUCAAGGAUGAGACGUCUCAGCGUCAAGAGCGCAGGCUCGGUGGAGGAGGUCGAAGAGGAAGGGGAAGGGAAAGGGAAGCUCUCCCAGCUAGACCAGUCACAGCUGCGCAAUGGCACUGUGACCAAGAGGGAGAUAACCCUAGCCUCAGAGCCCCAAGGUGAAAAGGCACAGCCUCUCUCAGAUUCCUACGAUCCUACCCAGGUGGAAAGAGUGUAAACUCGGAUCAUCGUCUCCGUUCUGAUAUCAGCUCCGACACUGUGACCAGGCUGCUCACAAUGACGCCUUCAUCUCAUCCCAGUUCCACGGAAAUGGCCUUCUUCUUGACACAAAGCAUUGUUUACACCAUCAUCCGGCGUUGCACUUAACGCUGUUCUACUGCCAAAGGGGCGGGGCCCUUGGGGGGUCCGCUUCUCUCAUGUCUACGUAUCCUUUCCACGAUCCACCUUUUCUCCAAAUGCUUUUCAACGUUAUGCAAUCCUGUAAUGUGCAACAAGCAGCUUCUUUUUGAUAAAUAUUUAGUAGAGAGCGGUCAGUGUUCGUGCAUUCAUGCUUCAGUGAGGGGGUAGCUGUUAAGAUGAGAAUGUAAUAGCUUGUGUAUCGCUAACAAAACAGAAAUGAGAGGAAAAAGAAAAGUAUAGCCUGUUCCGCUACAAUCGACACCAAAUCUACAUAGUUAAGAAGCUAGAGGUUUAUUAGAAGUUUAUAAAAAAAAAAAAAAACAUUUAUUUUUAGCACACCUA